ACAGUUGUUUAAUGCACAGUGGGCUACUCCAUAUCCCUUGCUGUUUUUAUAUUAAAUAAGGAUUUUAUAUGUAUCAAGACAAUAUAAAAUGUACUAAACUGUUAUGCACAAUUUAUUUUAAUUCAGAGACCUUAAGCUUGAGAAUUUGCUGAUGGACCGGGAUGGAUUUGUGAAGAUCGUGGAUUUCGGCCUCAGCAAAAACAGAUUUGGAUACGACGAUCGCACAAAGACCAAGUGUGGAACAAAGACUUACAUGGCCCCCGAGAUCUAUAUGAAUAUAGAAUAUGGCAUGGCGGUUGACUGGUGGGCCCUUGGAAUCGCCAUAUAUGCUAUGCUCAUGUAUGAGUUACCAUUCGACAACGAAGAUCCGUUUGAGCUAGCAGAGAGCAUCCUCUAUGAUGAGUUAGAGUUACCAGAACAUCUAUCAGAGGAUGUUUGUGAAUUAAUAAAUGAACUCUUAGAGAAGGAUCCAGAAUUUCGCCUGGGAUCUGGUGAAACUGGUGCUGACAUGGUUAAAGAGCACCCCUUCUUUAGAGAUAUGGACUGGAAAAAACUUGAAAACAGAAGAGUAAGGCCUCCAUUUGUGCCAGCCAACCAAGGAAAUUUGGAGAGCCUUAGGCAACCUGAAUGCCGAGCUCCAGCAUUGACACUUCCAUCUGUAGAGAUACCAUCGGAGCAUCAAGAGGCAUUCAGAGAAUUUGAUUUUACACCUGAAUAAACAUCAAAUUAAAGGAGAAGGAAACCCCCUGGGCGCAAAAAUCCCUCCCCCCUCCCCUG